AAGUAAGACAGAGAAACAUAAGAGGCAUUGUCUGCCAAGGGCACGGUCCGUGGAGCCUCUAACCUCCAACGUGCAAAUAGGAUGUAUAUACGCACGCACGCACACUGACACACACACUCGCUCAUCACCUCUCCAAUAUAUGCUUCUGAGAAUAGCUUCUGUUUUUUUGUUGCUUUUCUUGUUGCCAACUGAUUUCCAGAGCUCUGAGUUUCUUCAUGGCGUAGGGAUACGAAAUGGUGCCAUGUGAAUUUUAGGUGUAGAGGCAUGGAAGAUGGCCCAGCUUUUUCCUUUAAUGCUUUCUUGCAUGGAAGAUGGCCAAACUUUUUUCUUUUAAUGCUAUCUUCGUUUAUUAGCUAGUCUUUCUUGCAAUCAAAAGUUCUUUCUGCUCCAUAUCAUCUCGUUUCUUUCUGCUCUCUCCACUCUCCACCUAGCUUCCACCGUGUGGGGCAUCCACCAUCUUCAAGGUAUAAAUAUAAAGCUUUCAGGUUGAUCAGUUUCGUUUCCAGAGUUUCCAUAGAGGCUUCCUUUUGCAUACCCAGAAGUUAAUUAGCACCUCAAUCAGCAGAAGACAUCACCUAUCUUCACCUUGUUUCACAGUGUUAUCACUCACUCUCAUCGGCAGUCAAGAGAGCUAGCUGUGUGCACAGCUGCUUAUUUUUUUUUUAUGUGUAUUAUGCAGAGAUGGAACCAACUGGCAACUCAUCCAACAAGCAGUCAUCUUUAAUGCCUCCCUUGCCUAGAGACUCUCGCGGAUCACUUGAAGUAUUCAAUCCAUCCUCCACCUAUUCGACCCGACCCACAAGCCUAGCCUUCCGCUCCAACCCCACUUGGCAAACUUGGGUUGAACAACCUAAUGAUAACCCAAAAUCCGAUUCAUCCAGUUUAUCUUCCAAGUCGGUUCGAACCCAGGAAAUCACCUCAUGGAUGGCUCUCAAAGACUCCACCCAACUACCAUUAUUGUCGUCACCAACACAAUCACAAUCUGAUAAUGACAAGAAAUCAACAACUACUGAGACGACCACAAAAUUAUUUGGGGAAGCGGGUGUGGCAGCAAAAAGAGCGGCUGAGUGGGGCCUAGUGUUGAAAACCGACACUGAAACAGGCAAGCCGCAAGGGGUCGGGGUGAGUACUGCGGGUGGGGAUGAACCGAAUAACAGUAAACCGGGCACAUCGAUAAGAAACUCGAAUAACUUGGUUGAGAGCUCCGAGGACUUACCAGAGGAUGAUGGAGGAAAAGAAUUUAAAGGAAUUCCAAGAGUAUCUGAAGACAUAAAAGAUGCAUUAUCCUCCUUCCAACAAACAUUUGUGGUAUCAGAUGCUACGAAACCUGACUACCCAAUAAUGUAUGCAAGUGCGGGCUUCUUUAGAAUGACUGGAUAUACCUCUAAAGAAGUCAUAGGCAGGAACUGUCGGUUUUUACAAGGUGCUGGUACGGACCCAGAAGACGUAGCUAAAAUAAGAGAGGCCUUGCGGGCAGGGAAUAGUUACUGUGGGAGACUGCUGAAUUAUAAGAAAGAUGGGACACCAUUUUGGAACCUUCUUACUAUUGCUCCAAUCAAGGAUGAUUCUGGGAAAGUUCUCAAAUAUAUUGGAAUGCUUGUGGAGGUUAGCAAGUAUACAGAGGGGUCCAAGGAUAAGACAUUGCGUCCCAAUGGAUUGCCUGAAUCUUUGAUCCGAUAUGAUGCACGUCAGAAGGAGAUGGCUGCAAGUUCAGUAAAUGAACUUGUUCAAGCAGUGAAGGGACCUCGUUCACUUAGUGAAUCUACUAAUCACCCCUUGAUGAGGAAAUCUGAAGGUGGUGGAGAAGAGGAAAGAAAAGGAGCUCUGGGAAAGCGAAACUCCGAGAAUUUACCUUCUUCAAGUAGACGGAGUUCUCCUGGGGGCACUAAAAGCUCAAUGCAGCAUAUAAAUGAGUUGCCAGAGAAGAAACCAAGAAAAUCUAUCCGCCACUCUUUAAUGGGGUGCAGCAUCUCCUUUCUGAGUACUGCUACACCUAUAAACAGGUUCAUGAGGAAAAGCACACAAUCCAAAGCUGAGAGCUUGGAUGAUGAACUUGUUUUCAAUGCUGAUGAUGAAGAAGAGGGGAUGAGUGAUGAUGAUACAAGGCUUGAUAGUGUUGAUGACAAAGUAAGGAAGAAGGAAAUGAGAAAGGGUAUCGAUCUCGCUACAACACUUGAACGUAUAGAGAAAAACUUUGUCAUUACUGAUCCAAGGCUACCAGAUAAUCCCAUUAUAUUUGCCUCUGAUAGCUUCUUAGAGCUGACAGAGUACAGCCGUGAAGAAAUCUUGGGAAGAAAUUGCAGAUUUUUGCAAGGGCCUGAAACUGAUCCAGCUACUGUGAGGAAAAUAAGAGAGGCAAUUGAUAACCAGACAGAUGUUACUGUUCAGCUCAUUAACUAUACAAAGAGUGGCAAGAAGUUCUGGAACCUGUUCCAUCUGCAACCUAUGCGCGAUCAAAAGGGAGAAGUACAGUAUUUCAUUGGAGUACAACUAGAUGGCAGUGAGCACGUUGAGCCUCGCAUCAACUGUAUUGCAGAGGAAACUGCACAAGAGAGUGAAAAACUGGUGAAACAAACUGCAGAAAAUGUUGAUGAAGCAGUGAGAGAACUUCCAGAUGCCAAUUUGAAACCAGAAGAUUUGUGGGCAAAUCAUUCAAAAGCUGUUCUUCCAAAGCCUCAUAGGAAGGAUAACCCCUCUUGGAAAGCAAUUCAAAAGAUCCUAGACAAUGGAGAACAAAUAGGACUGAAACAUUUUAGUCCAGUAAAGCCAUUGGGAUCUGGUGAUACUGGCAGUGUGCAUUUGGUAGAGUUGCGUGGAACUGGUCAGUUUUUUGCCAUGAAAGCUAUGGAUAAGAAUGUUAUGCUCAACCGCAAUAAGGUGCAUAGAGCUUGUGCAGAAAGAGAAAUUCUUGACAAGUUGGAUCACCCUUUCCUUCCUGCAUUAUAUGCUUCAUUUCAGACGAAAACACAUAUUUGUCUGAUAACUGAUUACUGCCCUGGUGGUGAGCUCUUCAUGCUUUUGGAAAGACAACCAACAAAAGCACUUAAGGAAGAUGCUGUGAGAUUUUAUGCUGCAGAGGUAGUUGUUGCAUUGGAGUACCUUCACUGUCAAGGGAUAAUUUACAGGGAUUUAAAGCCUGAAAAUGUUUUACUCCAGAGCAAUGGACAUGUGUCCUUGACAGAUUUUGAUCUAUCAUGUUUGACAUCAUGCAAACCACAGCUUUUGAUUCCAAGUAUAAAUGGAAAGAAAAAGAAGCACCAUAAACAUCAACAGCAGCAGGCUCCAGUGUUUAUGGCUGAACCCAUGAGAGCUUCAAAUUCUUUUGUUGGCACUGAAGAGUAUAUAGCUCCGGAAAUUAUAACUGGGGCAGGCCAUACUAGUGCAGUGGACUGGUGGGCUCUUGGUAUCCUUCUAUAUGAAAUGCUGUACGGACAUACACCAUUUAGGGGAAAGACAAGGCAAAACACAUUUGCCAAUAUUCUUCACAAAGAUCUUAAAUUUCCAAGAAGUGGGCAGGUUAGUUUUAAUGCAAAGCAGUUAAUGUAUCGGUUACUGCACAGAGAUCCCAAGAAGAGAUUAGGUUCACACGAAGGAGCAAAUGAGAUUAAGAGGCAUCCAUUCUUCAAGGGUGUUAAUUGGGCAUUAGUUCGCUGUCUGAAUCCUCCUGAGCUUGAUGCUCCUCUUUUUGAGACUGAAGCUGAAAAGGAAGCUGAACUCAUUGAUCUUGAACUCCUGGAUCUACAAACCAAUGUUUUCUAAAGAGUUGACAUUCUUUUCUCGAACUUUUUAUGCGACAAAAAUUUACUCUUUGGACAAUAUUCUGAACUGUAGUUUCAUGUUCUCUGCAGCAGAUUCUUUUUUAUUUAUUUUUCGUUUUUUAAGGAUGUUAGAUGCAUUGCAUUUGCGAGAAGACAUUGAUAGGCUCUGAGGAUCAUCUCAUUUUUUCUCAUAACUGAUGAUUUGAUUGACUUUGCUUGUGUUUCACCAUUGGAAUGGAGGCAGGAAACUGAGGUUUCUAAUGGUGUGCUAUGUAAUAAUAUGCUUGUUUGUUGUAAUGUUCCCUAAUCUGUGUCUAUUAGUACUUGGAAUUUUGGGUAUUGAAUUAAUUUAUUGAUGAUCUUUUCUCUUC